AUGGGCGACGGGGACGGCGGCAGCAGCGGCGUGACGGCAGCCUCGUUGCCCAUCGGCUCCGGCACCGCGGAGGAACACGGCGGCGGCGAUGGUGGUGGCCAGAGGUGGGGCCGUGGCAGUGCACCACCAGUUCCAGCAUCACCAGCUCAAAGGUCACUGGCUCUAGUGCUCUUGGUUCCUGAACCACUGGCAACAGCCCUGACAGCUCCUGUGCCUCCAGCCCCCACAUCCCAGGCACCAGCUCCAGCACUGCCAGCUCUGGUCCUGCCAGCACCUCAGGUGCCACCAGCUCACCUGGCACCCCCUGCUCUGGUGCUGCUGGUUUCUGAAUUUCAUGCUCUGCCGGUGUCUAUGCAUCUGGCUCCUCCAGUUUCUGCACCAUGGGUUCCACCAGCUCGUGUGCUUCAGGCUCCACCAGGCAGCUCCGGUGCUUCCUGCUCCAGCACCACCAGCACCGGCAUCACCUACUCUGGCACGGCCCUCUCUAGCACUGCUCACAUAAGUGUCGCCCACACUAUACAGCCCCCACAGGCAUCUACCACUCCAGUGUCUCCUGGUCUGGCUCCAGCAGCACUGGCAUUAUCCAUGUUGCUGGAAUGUGUGCCGCUGGCCCACCAACCAAAGGACUGUAUGCUGCUGGUGUAUUCAACAUUCUCCUCCUUUGGCCCUGCUCUUGUGCAUCCCAGUCCUUUGUUCCUGUCCUCUUCAUGA